UAAUGCUGUACCAGGGGGUACCCAAAAAAAACCGGAAUUAUUUUUUAAAAGCACUUUAUUUUCACAAAGUAACCUUAUCUCCUUCAAAAUACUGUCCACUACAACUAAUACACUUGCCCCACCGGUGCUUCCGAAAUAAGAAAAAGUCACAAGGAGCCAGGUCAGGCGAAUAAGGUGCGUGAGGCAGCAGAUCCGUGCCAUUUUUACCAGUCUCCUGACUGCCACAAAUCGGGUCUUUUUUGCCGAACACUGUUUCGCAAUCGUCUUCAAACCUCCAAAUUAAAGCACAAGCUCUCGAAUUUUUUCAACAUUUGCAUCGAUUCGGGCAGUUGAUGGACGUCCAGAGGGAGGUUUGUCAUCAAUCGAUACGUCGCCAUUUUUAAAUCGAGCAAACCACUCGUACACCUGAGUUUUUCCCAUAGCAUCAUCUUUGUAACCUAUUUUCAACAUUAA